UGCUUCCAUUUUCCUAGGGGAGAAUAUGACAUGCUUAGACUGGACAUCUCAUCUCAUUAAACAGUGGACUUAGGAGGGGAUUUUACACGUGAUCUGGAGACUUGAUAUCUAAUUCAGAGAAUGUUUGAAGGAAAGAAAUGAGACAUCCUGCCGUCUGCGCAAAAGCAUUCGAUUUCAUUUCACCAAGGAUAUCGUAGAGAAGAAAGUCAGAAGGAGAAACACUGUAAACAUCGUAUACCGGAGAUACACAUGGUUUAGUCUUAUUUAUGGAUAAAGGUAAAUCGGGAAGAAUAUUCCAAUGAUUCGUAGAGAAUUACAGAAGAGAUGAGGAAUAAAAAUCAACAGAAUUUAUUUUGUGUCUGAGAUAGCAGAAGAAGUUUAUUUGUUGCUUAAUCGUGUAAAGUGGGAAAUCUACAAUCGCCUGUCAUUGUAUGGAAACUUACCUUCCACCGUUGUGUUCUUGGAAGUUCUGUAGAUUAAUCUGUCUUUUAUGUCUACUUUGUAGAAACAUUCGUUGUCUUGAGUGCUGGAAAUGUAUUGGGGAGGAAUGUAAAAGUGAAGAAUUCGAAGAGUAUUCAGAGAAAGUUACCUGUGGCAAGGAAGAUUCUUGUAUGAAAGUUGUGUAUGAAAUGAUAGACUACAACUCAAAUGCCAAAUACGAGUCUGUUGUGAGAAUGUGUUCGAAAAGUCCCUGCGUUCCAGCCACAGAGGAGACCUUUAAUGCAUGUCGAAGGAAAAUUCGAUCUUACAGAUAUUACGGAUGUUCAAUACGAUCAUGUUGUAAUUCAGACUUAUGUAAUGCUGCACCAAAAGUGUUUUGUUGGAAUUCCACAAUCUAUUUUUAUUUAUUAACAAUGUUGGUUUUGAUUGAUAAAAUUUGACAUGUGGUGCAAGUA